AUGAUGUUUGUGUUCUCUUUAUGCAUCUGGCUAGAAGCAAUCGUUCAUUUUAUUCAUCGUCAUGAUAAUUUAAUUAAAGAAUUGAUUGAACCACUUCGUCAGAAUGUAUUAUCAUGUGUUCUUUCUGAUUGGUACCGAAAAUAUUUGAAAGUAUCAACAGAAACGAAUAUUCCUGCUCGUCACUUAUUUAUUCGUACGUGUUCCUUUGUUACGGGUGUUUUACAAUGUAAUCAAUUAUCUUUUGAAAAUACUUUGAAGACUAUUCAAUCAUAUCAAAUUGUAGAAGAUAUUGGAAAGAAAAUAUUUGAUGUUCGCUUAGAUGAUUUUCGUCAUUAUCUUCUAUUAUCAAAGGAUAUAGAAAGUGAUUCAAAAUGUCUCACUGGAAUAUGUUUACUCAUGACGAAUUGUUACAAUGUGAAAACAUUUAUUAACGAUGAUCAGUAUUUCAAUGUUCUUCUUCGAUUGUUAAAACCUGAUUUUGUGCGAAAAAAUCUUUUAUCUACUUGGACAAAUGAAAGCACGAUUCUUGCCGAUACUUUAAUGGUACAAUUGAAAAAUUGUAGUAAUGAACCAUCUAUACGAUUAUAUUUACAACAGAAUAAUGCAGCAGCUGCAAUUCAUAAUUAUAUGCGCGCUGAUUGCGAUCGACUUCGUUUACAAGCGUGCAUGUUACUUGGAGUAUUACUUGAUGAUGAAACAAUGCGACAAUUGAAGAUUCCAAGUGAUGAAUUAACUGCUUUGUAUUUUGAUGGCAUUCGACAGGCACAUCAAUCAUCAAAUAAAUGCUACAAACGAGUGUCGAUAUACUUACGUUUUCGAGCUUUAUCAUCAUUAGUUCAUAAUGAGAUAAUUCAAACAAAUAUAGCAACAUCAAUUGAUUAUUUUGAUUAUCUUAUUUCAAAUAGUGAUGAUUAUAAUCUUGUUUAUGAUAUCUUGUGGACACUCUCAUUCAAUAUAAGCUUGAAUAAAAAAUUUCAUUUUCACAAAACUUUUUUGCAGCAACUUCAAACAUUUGUUGACGAUCCAAAAUCAGUUUUGGAUAAAGAUAUAAUACGAUCAGCAGAGGGCAUUCUAUGGAAUUUAAAGCAACGAAACCAAACGAGCACAUCAUCUGAGCAAUCGUCAAAUGUUGAGAAUAAAAACACUGGAUUAGACAAGCAUUAA